UAUGGCUAUAUAUUGACCAGGUAAAACAUUCACUCGGAGAAGAUGCAAAUUAUUUAACAAUGGAGAAUUUGAGUCGAGGUCAUCAGAUGCAUGGACAGAUCGAUGGAGAGAGGGAGCGCUUGCUGAUGACGACGACGACGACGACAAGGACGUGAAUGGCGAGAUGGGAGAAGAAGAAGAGAGGAGGUCGAGCGCGCGCGCGCGUCCGUUGAGACGUCGCCGUCACCGCGCGCUCCCACCAACCAACCACUACUAAAACCCCCCUGCCCGGAUGCCAUUGCUCUCGCCUCGCUCCGACCACCUCGUCGAUCGACCGAGUCACUCACCACCGUGCAUAUUCCGGCCGUCUAUCCAUCGCGCGCCAAUGCCGGAGUACGAGCUGGCGGCGUGCAGCCCAGCGUCGUCGUCGGCCUCGACGCCGCCGUCGGCCUGCGGCGGCGAGAAGCGUGGGAGGGGCGCCGGAGGAGGAGGAGGUGGCAGAGCCGGGGGGCGGCACCCGACGUACCGCGGUGUGCGGAUGCGGGCGUGGGGGAAGUGGGUGUCGGAGAUCAGGGAGCCGCGCAAGAAGUCGCGCAUCUGGCUCGGCACGUUCCCGACCCCGGAGAUGGCGGCGCGCGCGCACGACGCCGCCGCGCUCGUCGUCAAGGGCCCCGCCGCGGUGCUCAAUUUCCCGGGCGCCGCCGCGUCCCUGCCGCGCCCGGCCUCCGCCGCCCCGCGCGACGUCCAGGCCGCCGCCGCGCGCGCCGCCGCCAUGGUGGACGUCGUCCCCGCGGGCGCGUUCCGCGGGCCGUCGCCUCCUCCAUCAGUAGUGCGGUCGCCGCCGGCGCCAGAGCAAUCGCACACGCACGCGUUCGGCGGCCAGGACGACGACGGCGACGAGCUGGAGGAGAUCGUCGAGCUGCCGCCCAUCGACGCGCUCGACGUCACGGCGGCAGAGCUCGUGUUCGGCAGCAGCAACGGCACGUUCCACGACGACCCCGCCGCUGGGCAGCCGUGGUACGAUCAGCCGGCGGCGUGGCUGCAGGACGCCAGCGGCGGGAUCGCGGCCGUGCUCGGCGGGGACAUGGCCGGGUUCGAGAUGGAGCAGGUCUGGGCGGACGGCAUCGUGGCGUCCGGGUUCGGCGCGCUCCUGUCGAACAUGUAGUACCGGCGUCACGUCACUCUCCUUUUUAACAUGUGAAUAUAUAGCUAGCCGGCCCCGGCCCAGUAAUAAUGUUUGGCUUAAUUAAUUAAUUUAUUAUGCCUUCCUUUUUUCUUCAUUUUCUAUGGGCAUGCAUUCAGAGCCAAUAUCUUAUUUUCAAUGCAUCCCUUCCAUUACACAUUUACACUA